GCCCUCCGCCCACGGCCUCCAGUUGGGGACUUUUAGCCCCCCCUUUCCUGUUGUUUCCUUGCUUGCUUUCAUGACCGUCUAGCGUGGACCUCUCCGCGCCUCAAGCUAUACCUCUGGUCGGACCCUUCUUGAUGGCGCAGUGAUUGUUCCCCAAAGUCACCAUGGUCCCGAGUUCUGCGGGUUCUGGUAGGAGGAUAUUGCGACAUGGCCAGCACAAGCCUGACCACCCUAUCCUUGACCCCGGAUCCAAGCUUCAACUGGUUCUUCCUCCUUGAGCUCAUUGUCUCUUGCAUUCUCGUAUUGUUCUUCUUACUUUACUUCAAUCGCCUUUUCGCAACCCUCUUAUCAUACGGAAUACGCGCUUACACCUGGCAUUAUUAUCGCGCUUAUGUCGACAUUCGUGCAAUUCAAAUCUCCCUGCUUGGAGGGAGGGUAUUCUUCAAGGGCAUCCGAUACCAUGGUGUGAAUGAGACGAUCUUCGUGCAUGGGGGCUUUAUAACAUGGCAUUACUGGAGGCGCUCAUUGAGACAAAUGGACUUGAAAAACGAUAAAUCCGAUCAUGAACGAUCAGAAGACGAAGCUCAGCGCCCCGGGGCCACCAAUGCCGACGGGAGCGCCAGCAACAGUAGUGACCGAGAGGAGCAAGGACUCCCAAAGAGCACACACUCGCUUCCGUGUCGCAUAACUGCCAAACUCUACGGCCUCGAAUGGUUCAUAUAUAAUCGGACUCCGGCCUAUGAAGGCAUUCUUGCUGGCUUUACCCCCCCGCCUCCAGCGCCAUCGUUCACCAGACCGCAAUAUCCAGGAAGCAACACCUUGGACCCUCGGCUGAAAGACGAAAAGUCGGAUGUUUCUGCAGGGCCCGCGUCUGAUCAGGCAUCCGCCCUCCAUGACGAUCGACGUGAAAGCACUGCCGAUGACUCAACCACUUCCGAAGCGGAAGGCUCUGAGCAGGAAAUAGGAGAGAGCUUGUCUAGGCUACUCCGGCUCUUGCCAAUGAGGAUCGAGUGUGACAAGGGUGCCAUCGUUAUUGGAAAUGAAAACACGAGAUCUGUCCUGACCACGAACUUCGACGGCGCCACUGGGUUGAUCGAAGCCAGCGAUUCGGGCCCGCUCGAUCUCUACCGACAAGUAUUUUCUUUCAGUUUCACCAAUCCGGUCAUCCAGAUGCGACCCAACCCAGAUUUCAAGCAAAAUCAGCUGGCAGCUGCAAAAAAUCUUGGCUCAGCACGGGUGGAGCAAUCUGAAACAAAACGCAAACGGGACAGGAUAUUCAACUACCAGUUGCAAAAGCGCAGGGUCUGGCAUAGUAUCCGCGACCUUAUCCCAUAUUUUCAGUCGUCUGUUGAAUCGUUUCACGUACGCGAGAAGCAUUCAGACACGGCCCCUAGAAACUCAGCCGACAUUCCCGAUGACACGCGAUGGGUUGGUCUUUCCCGAUACCUGGAUGAGAGCUCCCAGGAUGACCAUGAGGAGUGGAACCCCAUCGAAUACGCUAGAUUUUCCACUCUGGUCGACAGUCCGAGCAUGACUGUGGCGUACUACUGGGAUAUUCCUGGUUGUGUCAAACCGUCCUCGUCUUCACCGGCGCCUCCCCCUAUAUCACCAGACAUCAAUGGUGCCCCGCCUCCGGAAUGGGGGAUCGAUGUGAAAAUCGACGGCGGAACCAUCAAUUAUGGGCCUUGGGCUGAUAGAGAGCGCGUCGGCUUGCAAAAUGCAUUUUUCCCCAAUGCCUACCGGAGCUCGCAGCCGGUCGAUCCGUUGACCCCCGGGGAACUGAGGAAAAACUCGGUCUUCCGAUUACGAGUCGAAAUCACCGAAGAGUUAACGCUGCGCAUCCCUACCCGGGAGCCUUCAAAGGACUGGCAGUGGAAAGGCCGUGCUGAUGCAGUACGAGGUGUUUCCAAAUUGCGGAAGCAAUCAAGUAGAAGGCAGUCGCGCACGGGAGACGGUGAUAAAGGUCAUAUAGGUCCCGACCUUCGCCCUUUUGGAUGGCUAUCGCUCCGUGUUGCUGGAGAUUCAACCGUCAAUUAUGCCAUGGAUAUGGUGGCAUCAACCUCUGGGUUUCAUAGUCAGUUGGAUCUCGAUCUUCGGGAAACAAAGAUGUUGACCAGUGUCAAUCACGCAUUGUUAUGGCAAUGUCCUCGGCAACUUGUCAGCUGCGAUCUCUCUGUCCCACUGACCUGGAACAGCCUUCGUACGUGGUUAUUCAAUGUUGACAGCCAAGAUAUGGAGCUGUUUCUGCUGCGGGAUCAUAUUUUUCUCGUUACGGAUCUUGUCUCUGAUUGGGCAUCGGGCCCUCCACAGGAAUACUAUACAUUUGUGCCGUUUAUAUACAAGCUUAACCUGUCAUUUUCCGACUUCCGGCUGUUUUUGAAUGUUAAUGAUAUGAAUAUCGUCAGCAACCCGUCUGAUCUGGAUGACAAUCGUUCAUUGGCUAUCAAGGGUACGAAAUUGACAUCCGACAUCAGCAUCCCUUUGAACAAGUAUCAGCCUGAGCAGAAUGCUAUUGGUUUCAACGUCAAACUGGAUGAUGGGGGCAUUGACUAUUUGACACCUUUAUGGGAUACCUUACACGCGUUCAUGAAAGAGAAGUCCACUGCUACACUGCAAAGCCUGUCUAUCGAUGGCUCGUACAACUAUUAUCUUUCAACAUCCCCGGAGUUAACAGAUACACUGCUGCUAAAUAUCGAUGGCUUCUCUCCCAGGCUGUACUUGUUCGGGUUUCUGAUACGGUCCUUCCUGACGAUUCGGGAAAAUUAUUUCGGAGAAGAAAUGCACUUCAAAACACUGGAGGAAUACCAAGAGCUUGCAUACCCUCAGGAAGAGCCGGGCUCAAAUGGAGGAAUAAACCCAAACAGGAAGUCAAAUGAUCUCGACGUGAUUGUGCAUGUCACUGUCAACAGUCCCUGCGCUCUUUUCCCCGAAAACCUUUACGAACAUUCCAAAUGUCUUACGCUUACUGCACCUUUGCUGGAGGCUGACCUGCGGUUCACAAAUUACUACAUGGAUUUGCAGUUCUCUCUUGCUCCUCUCAAGGUAGCGUUGGAAUCCAGUGAGACAGGGCCACGACUCGUUCCCUCAGUACCUCAACUCUUUGUUGACGGGGUUUCAAUUUACGGCCACCGUUUAUUUGGACUGCCCCCUGCGGAGCCUACCUAUGUCUGCAACUGGGACUUCAGUGUGGGUAGGAUAAUUGGAGAAUGCUCGACUGAGUUCCUAAGCUGCCUUGCUGCAGCUUUGCAAAGCUUCGACAUGUCGUUUGACAAUGAGGAGAAUGCGCUCCCGCCCUUGUCACUUAUCCAGCUUCACGAUGUCACCUUCUUGCGGGCCAAGAUUGACUCUAUCCACAUCUCUGUUCUUCUAGACCAAACCGCAUUGAUCUUGAGAUCUGGGUCGGUGACAACAGAGUUCGAUGACUUGGCGAAUGCGAGGUUCUCUAAACGGAUGAAGCUUCUUGUACCAGACCUCUGCAUUGCCGCGAUUGAUUCUCAGUCCUUAGGUCAAUUUGGAAGUCUGCUAUAUACGGACAUGACUCCUCUCGCGCUCUUCCAGUCUACUCUGAAAAUAAGGAUGGUUCAAAGAAGGAGUGAUAUUACCGAAAGUCGAAGGCUACAACAGGAACACAUCAAAGCCCAUGACCAAAGGACACAGAGAACGCCGUGGCUUCUCAUGAAUUGGGAUGACAUGGACCCUGACUCACUGCAAUACGAUGAGGAUAGUUUGGUACCACCGACUAUUCCUAUACCCACAAUGCCCGAACCCAUCUCGAAGCAUUCCGGUUUAGGUCACUUGCCAUCAUCACGAAGACUAUUUUCUGUAGGCAGAAGUAAUCUGAGCUCCAAGAGUUUCCUUGUCAUGCAGGACGCUUCAAGUGUGAGAAGUGUGUCCGGAAGGAAAGCACGUCAGCCUAAUCGACCAAUCAACAUGGCAUCCAAGAUAGAAAGAGAUCAGAAGCCUCGCAGGUCGGCGACAGUCAGCCCAACUCCUACUCUUCUCAAGCGCCGCGACGUUACAAAGGAUGGGCUGGCAAAAACUCCUGAUGCGUCAAGCCCUUGGGUCAUGCCUGAGUUUUCUCUCCACAAAAUCAACCUUGAUACGUCACAACUUCCGUCGGAACAAGUUUCGCGCAAAUAUGCUGCCGUUACCAGAGGAGACCUUCCUGUCGUGGAUGUCGAUCCGUUCUUCUCUUUUUCUGAUAGCGAUGUAACGACCUAUACAAAUCUUGCCAUUGAGUUUCCCACUGGAAUUCGAGGGUUCUGCUACCCUGAGUUUCUCCACAUAUUGUCAGCGUUGAUCGAGCGAAUGCAACCCAAACGUCCUGUUUCAAUCAUCGAUUCUCUCCAGAAGCAAGUCAUAUCGGACAUUGUGGGUUAUGAGAAGUCCAUGAAACAGCCCAAGACAUGCACCAGCAUUGCAAUCAGGGCACCAUCCAUACUCGUCAAACUGAUCAAUUCCGAAUCGACACCGACUGGUGGAACUCACCUUCUGGAUGAGUAUAGGAUUGACAUGUCUCAACUCAAGGCCGAGUUCCGAACGAAGGUGGAACGUGAAAGGGGCGACCUUCUUUCUGGCAUUAACAAAAGCUCUACUGUACAUGCUGCUGCAGACAACCUCUCGAUAUCCGUCCAAGGGAACAGCACCGACGCAUACCAGGAGAAGGCCGAGCUCAGAUGCAUCCUUGGAGAUAUGAACUUCUGGCUUGUGACGGAUCCCAUGGUGAGAUCAAAUUUCCAAGUUCGAACUUUCGAUACGGUGACCUCGACGAGAUCUGUGGAACACCUCGCCUCCCUGGUCCGUCGAACGACCACAAUGUCGGAUUCGAUCGCAUCCUCCUUUCAGCAGAGCUCGUCUCUCGGGGAUAGACGGCUGCAGUAUCUCAUAUACUUCCUUACGCAACAAGCUGCAAAUAUUCCAGAUCCGGCGUUCCUCAUUCGUAUAUCAUACGUGCUCAGGGUGGCACGUUCUCAUUUGAGACAGCAUGACUCUUGGAAGAUAAUCUCUCGCAUACGAAAUGUUUACUACCACAUGCCGCCAGAUAAACGCCAGGAGUUGAUGGCCAAGUGUCUCAAUGGCGAUUUUGACCUUCCUCACGAUGCCAGGACUGUUGUGCUUUCCAACUUUGAUCAAUGGCGGGCUUGGGAUCUAGCUCAUGUAGAGAAGAGCUAUGUGAUGCGAAGAAUAUGGAAUACCUCCCCCCUCGAAUCAGAAGAGGCCCCGACAUCCAUGAUCUUUUCUUCCACCGUGAAACUCUUCCGCGUCUCUAUUGAUCCCGGGCCGAAGGAGAGUAACUUCGUUAUCGAGGAUUUGUCAACAGCUGUCUCGGUUCAGCCCAAUGAACCGUCAUAUAUAGACAAAAAGCCCAGACCGAAGGAGGUUGCAGUCGUUCAAUCUUAUUGUUCCUCUGUCAGUCUUCACUUACGAUGGGAAAUCCUCGACCUUGUAGAAGGAGUCAUGAAGACAAUGUCUACAGUCACACUGGAAUCUGCGCCGCCAGCCCAGAGUCGUGGCAGUGGAUCAGAAAGGUUGACUGAAAUUCAGCUUGUCUUCGGAGCAGACCUAGGGUCUAUAACUCUUGACGGUAUCAAUAUAAAGCUAGCCGUGACUGGUAGAGCCCUCAGAAGCUCGCUUGUCCAAAAGCCUCGCAGUGCAGACAGUCCGGAAACAAUGAGCCUCUUGUUAAGUUCCGAAGGUUGCUACUCUGAGCUCUCUAGCUUCUCCAAGGUUCUCAUGCUUUGGAAAGUUAGUAGCCCCCACAUUUACUGUUCUGUCGUAACCGAGGGAAACGAGGCAGAGUUGAACCACGAAUGGAAAAUUGCCGGGUCAUGCAGGAGACUCCGCUAUGAUAUGAGGGAAGAUUUAUUAAGCCUUGCGCAUACUGCAGAUCGAUUGAUUGAGGACGAAAUUCGCUUCAUCUAUCAACUCGUCAACAGUAUGGACUUACCAUCACAUCAGCCGGCUGACGCGCCUACCCCGAAGAAGCAAACCCACAACCAUUUCCAUGUUGCGAUGUUCCUGGAUGAUUAUCGGCUAAGCUUUUGCGUGUUACCGUCGUUGACGUAUGUCAUCGCCGGAGAAGUAGCACGGGCUUCCAUUACACCCAAACUCGGAUCGAAAAUUGAAGUGGAUUUUGACUUGAAGAGGAACAUACAUACGCUUUUGUCAGGCGAAGGGGCGAAGUGGCGUUCUCUAUCUGCAUUGGAAAUACCACCCAUCAACGGUCGGGUCGUUGCUGAUGUUUCAUCCAACCGCACAGAUAUGGAGAUUGAUGUCACCAUCGAACUGAUACGAUUGGAGGCCAGUGCUUUGAGAAGUCUGCUUGGUGCCUUGUCGAAGCCAGAAGUUUCACAUUUGAUUGACGAUCUCAAGCAAAGUGUCGAAGUCCUGCGCUUGCAUUUCAACGAAGUCGUCACACAUACGAAAUCUCCUCCACCACAGAACAAUCCACCUAGUAGCCACAGCAUUCUAUACAAGGCGCGCAUGACGAUGGCAGGCACAACGAUCCAUGCCAGGGCGCCUGGACUGAACGGGAAGAGUUACACCGCAGAUUUGGACAUCAGCCUCGGCAUGAUGCGUCUGCACCUAGACAAUGGCCUUAAGGCUGGUCAUGCCAUGGAAUACCCGGAAUUCCAUGUCGAUACCUCCAACAUAAGUCUUGAUUUGAGGAAGGAAGAAGCGUCCAGGAGUCGUUCAUACUGCAGCUUUGCAAUUGACGCUAAGCUCCAAGGAACAACUACCGGUGACAGCGGAGAAACCAGACGAGUGUUCCAUCUAACCAGCAGGAGAUUUGAUAUUGAGCUCUUUCCAGAAACAGCCGCAUUGGUGGUGGACAUGGCCGCCCACUUGCAGGAACGCAUAAAGGAGCUAGAUCUUUCACAAGAGGUGAAGCGAUUUAAGAGACUGAGGCAUCGUGGUCACUUGGAGAAGAAAGGCCUGGAGGUACCCACUAUCCAGGUCGAAGAUGCCGGCUCUUCGGAGGGUCUAUUCGACGCCAUGUACUCUCUGGACUUCAAUGACAUCCAGGUAGGGUGGAACAUGGCAACUGCACCGUCAAGGGUAGCUGCACGCAAACCGGAUGAUCUGGUCUUCUCCAUAAAGCGUGUGGAGCUCUCGAAUAAGAGAGCAAAUGCCGCCAAACUCCGAAUCGAAGAUGUACAGUUGCAGAUGGUGCCCAUUUCGGGUAACAGGCGCAAGCGCUCGCCCAACUCUGCUCUACUACCUGAAUUAGUCUUCAAUGUAGCAUACUCAUCAGCAGGAAAGGAGGUUCGGUUAGCCUUUCAAGCUGCUGGGAAAUCUCUGGAUCUGCGGGCAACCUCAGACUUCAUCUUGCCAGCGAGCGUGAUCAGAGACUCUAUCGCGUCUGCUGCACGAACCAUCCGAGAGGCCAAUGCUACCUUGGUAACAAAGCCAUCUGAUGAUAGCACCAAAGGCCGGCCACUCUUCGGAAAUAAGCGCUUCCGUUCCGUGUUGAUCGAUGUUGAUUUCGCUGGUGCGAUUGUAUCUCUUCAAGGGAGGCAUACGGAUGAUCCCCAGACAAUGCUGACGGCGAACAUGAAAGACGCUAGGCUUCCGGGGUCAACGUACGGUCAGUAUGUCCAAGAUGGGAUGGCUACUGCAACUUUUAGGGCUCCCGGAGUGGCCUUGAAAGUCCAAUUUGAGGAUAACGGGCGAGAUAACUCGGCUCUCAAUGCGGAGUUGAAGGUUGACGCUUCGACGAAUGUCCUAUACCCGAGUCUCGUCCCCUUGAUUAAACAGAUGACUGCUACCAUAAAGGAAGUCAUGGGCGACCAGCCAAAGCCUCGGAGGCCAUCCAAUGCUGUGAUGUUGCAAUCGCAGAAAUUGAUGCAGGAGACGCCUCUGGACGACAAGGGUCCAGGUUCGAUUCUUGGAAGAUGCAAGGUGAACGUAGGCAUCUUGAUCUGCAAGCAAGAGUUCAGCCUGAGCUGCCAACCCAUAGCUAGAGUAGCAGCUACAACCAGGUUCGAUAGUGUCUACGUGACGGUCAACACCGUCCAGUCUGAUGAUCAUGAGCGAUUCCUAGCCCUUCUGGUGGCUUUUAACUCUUUACAAGCAUCGGUGAAGCACGUGUACUCGAACGAGUCAACUGCAAGUUUUGAGGUCGAGUCUAUGGUCAUGUCUCUAAUGAACAGCAAACAUUUAGGGAGGUCGAAAGGGAUCUCAGUCGCUCUUAGAGUCAGCCCGAUGGAAGUUGCGCUGAAUGCAAAGCAGGUUCAAGAUCUUCUGCUUUUCCGGGAAAUCUGGUUUCCAUCGAGCGAUGACAUAGAUCCUGGUCCCCCGCCUGAGCCACAACCCACGGAGACCCAGGCCUAUAUCGUGCAGCGAUAUCAGCAAGUCGCGGCAGCCCCCGCUUUUCCGUGGAACACCACGAUCUCAAUCGAGAAGUUGGAGAUUCAACUCGACCUGGGCUCUACACUAGGGAAGGCACAAUUCGCCAUCAACGACUUGUGGUUGUCCUCGAAGAAGACGUCUGAUUGGGAACAGACACUUUCCAUCAGCUUCAAUACACUGGGAAUUGAGAGCAAGGGCCGCAUGAGCGGAUUGGUGGAGCUCCAAAGUCUCAAAGUAUCCACGUCCAUCAAUUGGCCAACUGACCGGCAAAAUCAUCAGACGCCCCUCAUUCAAGCCUCCAUCUCGUGGCAUCAACUACAGGUUAAAGUCUCUUUUGACUACCAACCAUUUUUGAUUGCUCACAUCUCGAGCUUUGCCUUUUUGAUGUAUAAUGUUCGGCCCACGGUUGAUGCUCCCAAUGAGCGUCUUUUCAGCAUCUUGGAUGGGGACAAGGUGCAGGUCUUUUGCACAAGCCUGACUGCCUCACAGUCAUUGGCCUUGUAUCAGGCCUGGCAGCGACUUGUGCAAGACAAACAGGCUGCAUACGAAGCCUCUUUGCGAGAUGUCGAACGAUACCUGCGCCGAAAGACCUCGACUUUCUCGGAGAAAACAGAGGUGUCGUCCAGGGAAAUAUCCAAACCCGCAGAGGACAAAGCGGAGACGGCGCCAAUCUCCUUGCACACCGGAGUUGUUGUUAGUAUCAACGCUGUCAGUAUAGGUGUCUUCCCAAGCUCGUUCUUCGACAAUCAUGUGUUCAAAUUGGAGGCGCAUAAUGCCCAGGCUCGGUUUGAUGUCUCAUUGCAGAACGGCAAGAUACACAGCGCGUUGGGCCUAACGCUGGGCCAGCUACGUGUGGCGCUUUCGAAUAUAGUUCGGUCAGGGCCUAUGGAGACUGAAGAGCUUCUGGUCAAGGAGAUCGCCAAUCGUGUAACAGGAUCGAGGGGAGGGACUAUCCUCAAAGUCCCUCGGCUCCUAGCCAGGAUGGAGACCUGGCAAGUCCCGGGGUCCCAGCAGAUCGACUAUAUCUUCCAAAGCACGUUCGAGGGCAAGGUGGACGUUGGCUGGAACUACUCCCGCAUCAGUUUUAUCCGGGACAUGUGGGAAACCCAUUCUCGGGCGUUGGCUUCCCGACUCGGGAAGCCGCUGCCCCCGUCUGCGGUUCGCAUCACUGGCGCAUUGAAUGCUGAAGGGGGCGGCGACAAGAACGAGCCGCAAGAAAAGAUCACGGCGGUGGUCAAUGUACCGCAAUCGAAGUAUACCUAUGUGGCGCUGGAGACACCCGUGAUCGAGACGCCUCAACUCCGCGACAUGGGGGAAGCCACCCCACCGUUGGAAUGGAUUGGGCUUCAACGGGACAAGCUGCCCAACAUUACUCAUCAAAUCGUCAUCGUCACCCUUCUGGAGAUUGCCAAAGAGGUCGAAGAUGCGUAUGAGAAGAUUUUAGGGUCUUCAUGAUUUAUCGCGGCUUUGUACGUGCUUCUUGGAGACUGCAUGGUCGGCGUAUACAGGCGUUGAUCGCAUUGCAUAGAUAGAUAACCCGGGACGGAAGUAUUGUGUAUUAUUCCCAUUGUUUUGCUCAACGUGAAUUGAGUAGCUCCCGAUAACAACAUUCAGAUCAUAUCACCUCUG